CCUUUUAAUUAAUUGAAUACAUUAUAGGCUUUAAUUAAUUAAGAUUUAAAUGUCAAGGGAAGAAGCGGUCUCGAGUCUAGGUACUCUAAGGUACUUUUAGUAAUCUGUCUUAAUUAAAUAUAAUGUUCAGCGCUACGUCUUGAAAUGUUCGAAAGUAGGAGGUAUGCCCUGAAAGAACACGAUGCUAUACACAACUAUAUGUAAGGAUAAGUAUGUUUUGCUCACCUAUCUUAACAGAUUAUUAUGAUCAUUGAAAAAGCAAAGUUUAAAGUUCAAUAAAGUUCUCGUUUCAAGCCCCAAGUCUUAAGUAUUUUCGUUCAGUGUAAAUUCUCUCGAUCUCGAUAACAUUUGAAUUUCUUGAGAACCAGAACAAAUCAUCCAGAUUCUAUCUCUCGACAUCUAAGUGCAUUUCCAACUACUAUGGUUACUCAAUCAUUCAUCCUAGUUAAGGCUCGAUAAGUCUUUCUUAUGCUUAUUAAAGGCGUGGCCUGGUUUCGCCCACGCCCCCCUAUCAUUGAAGGAGCCUCGCUCGUGAUGAGGAGUCAUUCGGGCCGAGGCACGGCGCCGUGCGGACAUGGCGCCGUCAAUGACACCGCCGGCACAACUGGUGUGGCGGCUUCGUUCGGUGGGGCAGUAACAUGGCGCUGAAGACGCCUACGCCGGGCGUCGGCGAGCGCGAGACGUGGGGCAAGAAGGUGGACUUCCUGCUCUCCGUGAUCGGGUUCGCCGUCGACCUCGCCAACGUGUGGCGCUUCCCGUACCUCUGCUACAAGAAUGGCGGCGGUGCGUUUCUGGUGCCGUACUGCAUCAUGCUGGUGGUGGGCGGCAUCCCACUGUUCUAUAUGGAGCUGGCUCUGGGGCAGUUCCAUCGGAAGGGCGCCAUCACCUGCUGGGGGCGACUUGUGCCGCUCUUCAAAGGUAUCGGUUACGCGGUGGUUCUGAUAGCCUUCUACGUGGACUUCUACUACAACGUGAUCAUCGCGUGGGCUCUGCGGUUCUUCUUCGCCUCCUUCACCACCAUGCUGCCCUGGACCAACUGCGACAACGAGUGGAACACGCCGGCUUGUCGACCAUUUGAAGCGAUCUGGGAGUCAUCGGCGAAUAAAUCACGCGUCCGACAAAACAGCUCUUCUACAUCCCUCGGCUCUCCUCCAACUACUCCUUUUACUUCGGCUGCUUCUGAAUAUUUCAACCGUGCGAUCUUGGAACUGCAAGGAAGCGAAGGCCUACACGAUCUGGGUCCAAUUAAAUGGGAUAUGGCUCUCUGCCUGUUCGCUGUCUACAUCAUCUGUUACUUCUCCCUGUGGAAAGGCAUCAGUACUUCUGGAAAGGUGGUUUGGUUCACGGCUUUGUUCCCUUACGCUGUUCUUCUGAUCUUGCUAGUCCGUGGCAUAACGCUCCCGGGCUCUGCUACCGGUAUACAAUACUAUCUCAGUCCAAAUUUCGAAGCUAUCACGCAACCUCAGGUAUGGGUAGAUGCAGCCACACAAGUGUUUUUCUCUUUGGGACCCGGAUUUGGUGUUCUGUUGGCUUAUGCGUCUUACAAUAAGUAUCAUAACAACGUGUACAAGGAUGCCAUAUUAACCAGCGUAAUCAACUCAGCAACGUCUUUCGUGGCCGGUUUUGUGAUCUUCAGUGUUCUUGGAUACAUGGCACAUACUUCUGGCAGAGAUAUCCAAGACGUGGCUACUGAAGGACCAGGCUUGGUGUUCGUCGUAUACCCUGCCGCUAUAGCCACCAUGCCUGGAUCCACUUUCUGGGCUCUGAUCUUCUUUAUGAUGCUGUUGACUCUUGGAUUGGAUAGUUCUUUCGGCGGCUCUGAAGCUAUUAUAACAGCCCUAAGUGAUGAGUUCCCUCCAAUCGGCCGUCAUCGCGAGAUCUUCGUGGCCUGCCUCUUCACUCUGUACUUCAUUGUUGGACUAACUUCUUGCACUAAAGGCGGCUUCUACUUCUUCCAACUGCUUGAUCGAUAUGCUGCGGGAUAUUCCAUACUGGUCGCUGUGUUCUUUGAGGCUAUUGCUGUGUCCUGGAUUUACGGUACGGAACGCUUCUGCGAGGACAUCCGCGACAUGAUUGGCUUCCGUCCAGGCCUGUACUGGCGCGUCUGCUGGCGUUUCGUGGCCCCGGCCUUCCUCCUCUUCAUCACGGCAUACGGACUUCUGGACUGGGAACCCCUGAGAUACGAAGGCUACGUGUACCCCGGAUGGGCUAAUGUACUAGGCUGGGCCAUCGCUGGAUCGAGUGUGAUGUGCAUUCCAACUGUGGCGAUUUACAAAUUGAUCACUGCCAAAGGCAGUUUCGUUGAGCGUCUUCGUCUCUUAACAACUCCGUACGCUGACACGGAAGGUAACGGAACAGUCCACAACGGCAUGGUGGUCUCUGAAAGCGGUGGCGUCCGGCUCGCAUCCACCGUCCAGACGCCGACGUCCCAGCCCCCCACCACCCCUCCCCUCGCGUCCGCGCCCGCGCUCGUCUGAGCACAACUCUCCUUCGACGUCUACUACGUCUAGAAGGUCCUAGCUGUUCACAGGAUGAAUAAUAACAAAGAAGAGACGCGAGGGAUGAAAAGGAUGAAAUAGGGACGAAAAUUUGAUUGGAUUACGCUGGUGCAUAUAGAUAAUGGGUAAUAUCAAGGAUUGGCAUUUGAACGAGUUUCGAGAAGGAAACGAAAGUACUAAAGAUUUAUAAUUUUCAUUUUUGUUCGAUGGCAAUGGUUAACUUGUAAGAGGAAAGCUUAAAGGCGGAGUCGAAAGGGUAAGAACUUAUUAAGGGUUAGAUUAUAAGAAAACAUAUACUCAUUAUUAUAAUCAAAUAUUUUUAACUAAGAAAUUAUAUUAUGGCUUUAUUCCUUAUUAUAUAAAACAGGUCACAGAGCAAAAGUGUAGACCUCUACGUACCUAGUACUUGUUCUAGUCACAUAAUUAAUAUUUAUUAAUAUAUUAAGUGUAACAUUUAUUCAAUAUUCUAUCGUUGUUUAGUAUAAUGAUAGUGCGUAUUUACGCCUGUACGAUAUACCGACAAUUCAGCAAACCGUCGAUGAUUUAGCUGUAGUUUAGUUAUAGACCCAUCAAGCAUUAAGGUUGACGCAGGAACAAUUAUUAUUAUGAAAGAGAAAGCUUCUUAAACGCUGUAAUACAAUAAACUCAUACAUAUUAAUAGAUAAUCAUGAUUAUGCUAAGUUCCUGUUAUUUAUUUUCAUAAACCCUAUAAUUUAUUUCAGAGUAAAUAUCUAAAAAAACGAUUUAACUUUCUUACAAUGGCAAUACAUCACGUUUUAAACACCUCUAGUGAUCUAGUGAUGGGAAGAUAUUUAAUUUCACAUUUACUAAUCGACUAGCCAUUCAAUGAGAUUAUAAAUUCAAAAUUUCAUUUCUGUUGAUGUUAUUCUCCUGUAGAAGUAAAAUAGAUAGAUUAAUGAAUGUAUAUUUGGAAUAUAAAACGUGUAUGGUAGCAUUAAUAGAGUAGGAUUUUCUUAUAUCUAUGUCUUAGUAGUUAACAUUUGGCUGUUAAACUUAGUACAUACAUUUACCUUAUUCACCUAUAUCUUAGUUUAAAAUUUUAAUAAAAAUUAGUAGAUCAUUAUUUUUAUUGUAUGUUCGCCACUUUAGAGAAAUAGGAACCUAUCAUAAUAGCCUAAUUUAUUAUUACAUAAUCAUAGAUUUUUAGAAAAUAUUUAGAUGUAAGAAAAAAAUGAAAUGCUGUGUAGAUAAUAGAAACAAUAAAAUCGUAUUUAAUCAAAUAUCGUUAUAUUCGAUAGUUAUGAUAAUUAUUAAUGUUAGAACUUAAAGUUCAUAUACCCAUAUUAACGUAUCUUGAUAUCACAUAAUCUUAAUGCGUAUUAAUCAAAUAUUAUACAUUUUAUCUCAUAAUAUUCAAAUUUUGAAGUCUCAAUGUCGUAGUCAAAUAUCUUAUUCAUGUGCUCCAUUUUUUAUUAACAAUAUUUUAUGUUUAUACGUUUUUGUUGUUACAUUUUAAUUUAUUUACUAUUCAUCACUCCGUCCUGGGCAAUGCGGACUGAUGAAUUGUAGAACGAUUUUACAGAGUUUUAGGAUGUGAAUGGAUUUUAAUUUUCAAGUGUGUGUCAUUGAUACGCUCCACACGCACUAAGCUUCAGCUUACUUGAUGUUUCCAGUUCAUCUUGAUGUCUAAAUGUAAUUUUGAUCUUUGCUAGUAUAAAAUUGUGUAAGAAAAAUAUUCAUCAAUAAUUUAAACAUUCUAUGUAACUUGUGAUGCUGUAGUUUAGAAGAUCGUGCUUAAAAUAUUCUUCAAUGUUAGAAAUGUAUUGAUGUAUUAAAACGUAGCUCGUAUACAAUAGUUAUUGAUGUUUAUAUCAAUAGUCAUACCAGCCAUUAUGACUAAUGAUUGUUAGAAUAAAUUUAUACUUACUUAUCGGCGUUUUAUUUACCCACAUAACAA